AUGGUACUUGCUUCCAGACAAGAUUUUUCUUUUUCUAUACCAACUGGUUAUUCCAUUAAAUAUGUGCAAAAUCCAGGAUCUUUCCGUCAAACAGGCUCUCAGUUAGCUACACAAAUGCGUAGUGCUCUGACUAGUGCUCGUGAAGAUUUGAAUCGUGUACACAUAGGUAUGGAACGUGUACCUGAUCAUUUAAAAACAAUGGUUUUAUUGAUGAAACAAGCACCAUUUGAUUUACUUUUAAUGUUGUUUCCUGAUUCAUUCAAUGCUAUAGAGAAACUAGUAAACGAUAGUUUAGUAGUACUUAGAAAACCCGAAAAGAAUUUUGGACAAGUACUAAAUCUUCUAACUGAAAUAGAUUACUUAUUAACGAAUAAAUCAACUGAUGAAAUGAUUUCGUUACAAGUGUAUGAUGUUAAAACUCAAUGGAUACACUUAACUGAGCUCGUUAUUGAAUUAGCAAAACAAGCAGAACGAACGCGUGAAAGUUUUUUACUUCAAUUUAAUUGGAUUUUACAAGAAUUCAUUCGACCUGAUCUUACAUUUGCUGAAACUAAUCGUGAUUUCAUUAUUUUAUUACUUCUACCGAAAAUAGUUGAAAUUGAUCAAACAACUGAUCUUCUCGGUGUUAUUACUAAAACUUAUAGUGAUAUAUCAUUUAAAUAUACAGAUGAACAGAUAGGUGGUUAUGCACAUUUACUUACUUUAACAAAAGAAGAAGAUCGUAAACGAUAUUUAAAACAAUUUCAAUAUGAUUUAGUACCACAAGUUGUUCAAAGUACGCGACUUGCAUUGGAACGACAUACAGAAUUUCUGGAACGUGAUAGAAAUCGAAGAGGAAACUAUGAAAAAUUUUUAAAUCAAACAUCAUAUGAUGAUUUAAUAAGUCUAAUCGGUUGA